GGGAGCGGGCCCGGGCUGCGGGAGGGCUGAGGGCAGGGAUUGGGGUGGUAGCCAAGGAGUCGUUUUGUACUCAGUGCCUUGUCUGCAGGCCUCUGUUCCACGGUGGAAAGCGCCUUCCUGCAACUUUGGCAGCAAAACGUUCUCCCCGAGAGGUCUGCCUGGGUAACACAAUGCCAGCUGAGCGCAAAAAGCCAGCAAAUAUGGAAGAAAAAGAAUCUCAGUUAAAUAAUAAAGAAAAAGAAUUUAGUGAAAGGCGACCAGUGAGCACCAGGGAGAAGCCAAAAGAAGAUGUGAAGGUUGGUAUGAAGAGAGAGACUUUAAAGGUUCCUGAAGAUAAAAAGAAAAAAAUGGAAGAGGAUAAAAGAAAGAAGGAAGACAAGGAGCGGAAGAAAAAAGAAGAGGAUAAAGUAAAGGCAGAGGAGGAGCAAAAGAAGAAAGAAGAAGAAGAAAAAAAGAAACUUGAAGAAGAGGAGAAAAAGAAACAAGAGGAGGAAGAAAAAAAGAAACAAGAAGAAGAAGCUGCUCAACUGAAGGAGAAGGAGGAAGCACAUCAGCUCCAUCAGGAGGCUUGGGAACGCCAUCAGGCAAGAAAAGAGCUCCGCAACAAAAACCAGAACGCACCGGAGAGUCGUCCGGAGGAAAACUUCUUCAGCAGACUGGACUCCAGUCUGAAGAAGAACACGGCUUUUGUUAAGAAGCUAAAAACCAUUACAGAGCAACAAAGGGACUCCUUGUCCCAUGACUUUAAUAGCCUGAAUUUAAGCAAAUACAUUGCAGAAGCAGUAGCUUCUAUUGUGGAGGCCAAACUGAAAAUAUCAGACGUGAACUGCGCUGUGCACUUGUGUUCCCUCUUUCACCAGCGAUACGCUGAUUUUGCUCCUUCGUUACUUCAGGCUUGGAAAAAACAUUUUGAAGCAAGGAAAGAAGAGAAGACUCCCAACAUUACCAAGUUAAGAACUGAUCUGCGUUUCAUUGCAGAAUUGACAAUAGUUGGGAUUUUCACUGACAAGGAAGGUUUGUCUUUAAUCUAUGAGCAGCUUAAAAAUAUUAUUAACGCUGAUCGAGAAUCCCACACUCAUGUUUCUGUGGUUAUCAGCUUUUGUCGGCACUGUGGAGAUGACAUUGCUGGUUUGGUACCAAGGAAGGUAAAAACUGUUGCAGAGAAGUUUAACUUGAGCUUUCCUCCUAGUGAGAUAAUUAGCCCAGAGAAACAACAGCCCUUCCAGAAUUUGUUGAAGGAAUACUUUACAUCUUUGACCAAACACCUGAAAAGGGACCACAGGGAGCUACAAAAUAUUGAAAGACAAAACAGACGCAUUCUGCACUCCAAAGGAGAGCUGAGUGAAGAUCGACACAAGCAGUAUGAGGAAUUUGCAAUGUCCUAUCAGAAGCUGUUGGCAAAUUCCCAGUCUCUGGCUGAUCUUCUGGAUGAGAACAUGCCUGACCUCCCCCAAGAGAAGCCAACACCUGAGGAACAUGGACCUGGUAUUGAUAUUUUCACACCAGGAAAGCCUGGAGAAUAUGACCUGGAGGGGGGUAUCUGGGAAGAUGAAGAUGCUAGAAACUUCUAUGAGAAUCUCAUUGACUUGAAGGCUUUUGUGCCAGCAAUUUUGUUUAAAGAUAAUGAAAAAUAUUCCCAGAACAAGGAUUCCAGCAAAGAUGAAUCAAGAGAUUCAAAAGAUGCCAAAGAUAAUAAAGAAGCAGCUGGGAAUGAGGAUCUGGAAUUGGAGCUGGAGAACCUGGAUAUUAAUGAUGAUGCACUGGAGUUGGACUGUGGAGAUGAGGCAGAAGAUCUUACAAAGAAGCUUCUUGAUGAGCAAGAACAAGAGGAUGAAGAAGCCAGUACUGGAUCUCAUUUAAAACUCAUAGUAGAUGCUUUUCUUCAGCAGCUUCCAAAUUGUGUCAACAGAGACCUCAUAGACAAGGCAGCAAUGGAUUUUUGCAUGAAUAUGAAUACAAAAGCCAACAGAAGAAAACUGGUCCGAGCACUUUUCAUAGUUCCUAGACAAAGAUUGGAUUUGCUACCAUUUUAUGCAAGACUGGUUGCCACAUUGCAUCCCUGUAUGUCUGAUGUAGCAGAGGAUCUCUGUUCCAUGCUGAGAGGGGAUUUCAGGUUCCAUGUAAAAAAAAAGGACCAGAUCAACAUUGAAACAAAGAAUAAAACUGUCAGAUUUAUUGGUGAGCUUGCCAAGUUUAAGAUGUUCUCCAAAAAUGAUACUCUCCAGUGUUUAAAGAUGCUUCUGUCAGACUUCUCUCAUCACCACAUUGAAAUGGCGUGUACCUUGCUGGAAACCUGUGGAAGAUUCCUCUUCAGAUCACCAGAAUCUCACCUAAGAACCAGCGUUCUUUUGGAACAAAUGAUGAGGAAAAAACAAGCAAUGCAUCUUGAUGCACGCUAUGUUACAAUGGUAGAAAAUGCCUAUUACUACUGUAAUCCCCCUCCAGCUGAAAAAACUGUGAAGAAAAAACGUCCUCCUUUGCAGGAAUAUAUCCGUAAGCUUCUUUACAAGGAUCUCUCCAAGGUCACCACAGAGAAGGUCCUGAGACAGAUGCGCAAGCUGCCUUGGCAGGAUGCAGAAGUUAAGGACUAUGUUAUAUGCUGUAUGAUCAACAUCUGGAAUGUGAAAUAUAAUAGUAUUCACUGUGUAGCCAACCUCUUAGCAGGGUUGGUCCUUUACCAGGAAGAUGUGGGAAUUCAUGUUGUGGAUGGAGUGCUAGAGGAUAUUCGACUAGGAAUGGAGGUUAAUCAACCAAAGUUCAACCAACGGCGGAUCAGCAGUGCCAAGUUUUUGGGGGAGCUUUACAAUUAUCGAAUGGUGGAGUCAGCUGUAAUAUUUAGAACUCUGUAUUCCUUCACCUCGUUUGGUGUGAACCCUGAUGGCAGUCCUAGUCCACUGGACCCUCCAGAACAUCUUUUCAGGAUCAGACUUGUCUGUACUAUCCUCGAUACCUGUGGGCAAUAUUUUGACAGAGGAUCCAGCAAGCGCAAACUUGAUUGCUUCCUUGUAUAUUUUCAGCGCUAUGUGUGGUGGAAAAAAAGUCUGGAUGUUUGGACAAAAGACCACCCUUUUCCUAUAGACAUAGACUAUAUGAUCAGUGAUACACUGGAACUGCUGAGACCAAAGAUAAAGCUCUGCAAUUCUCUGGAAGAAGCUGUCAGACAGGUUCAAGACUUGGAACGAGAAUUCUUAAUAAAAUUGGGAAUUGUGAAUGACAAAGAUUCCAAGGAUUCCAUUACAGAAGGAGAGAAUCUGGAAGAGGAUGAAGAAGAGGAGGAAGGUGGAGCAGAGACAGAGGAACAAUCUGGAAAUGAAAGUGAAGUAAAUGAACCAGAAGAAGAGGAGGGCUCUGACAAUGAGGAAGAAGAGGGUGAAGAAGAGGAGGAAGAGAACACUGAUUAUCUCACGGACUCCAAUAAGGAAAAUGAAACUGAUGAGGAGAAUACAGAAGUAAUGAUUAAAGGAGGAGGACUGAAGCAUGUCCCUUGUGCAGAGGAUGAGGACUUCAUUCAGGCCUUGGAUAAAAUGAUGCUGGAAAAUCUUCAGCAACGGAGUGGUGAAUCUGUUAAAGUGCAUCAGCUGGAUGUUGCUAUUCCUCUGCAUCUCAAAAGCCAGCUGAAGAAGGGCCCCCCACUUGGAGGUGGGGAAGGAGAGUCAGAGUCUGGGGACACAAUGCCAUUUGUCAUGUUAACAAGAAAAGGCAACAAGCAGCAGUUUAAGAUCCUUAAUGUACCGAUGUCUUCCCAACUUGCUGCAAACCAUUGGAACCAACAGCAAGCAGAACAGGAGGAGAGAAUGAGGAUGAAAAAGCUCACUCUGGAUAUCAAUGAACGGCAGGAACAAGAGGACUAUCAGGAAAUGUUGCAGUCUCUGGCACAGCGUCCAGCUCCAGCAAAUACUAAUCGUGAGCGGCGGCCUCGUUACCAGCAUCCGAAGGGAGCACCUAAUGCAGAUCUAAUCUUUAAAACCGGUGGGAGGAGACGCUGAUCCAGCCGCCAGUGUCAUUUCAUUAGGUCCUGUAUCUCUGGUGUUGUGGAGUCCUCCAGCGAUUAAACGAGAGCAGUGGACACAUCUCAGCAUGUCAGUCUAGAGCGUUCAGAACCGAAACCUGGGACAGGCUGGGGCCGUGGGGCACGAAGAGCAGCCUCCCCUCUCCCCCCCCACCCCCCCAAAAAAAGCUUUUUGUUAUGGGAACCGCGUUGAGGGUUAAUCUUCUCAUAGGAGCAGAAGCAAACGGCGAGAUGGGGAACUUGAGCCGCGAGCAGCUCGGCGAGAGCCGGGAGCAGCCUGGAGUUCAGCAGUGACACUGGAAUGGGAAAGGCCUUUGGCAGCUCAGCGUGCAGGGAAAUAAAGCUCUGAACUCACCACAAGUUAACGUUGUCUCCGACUCGAGCGUUUGGUGUUGGAAGGAUGUUCUUUUAGGGGCUGCAAAUCUACAGUAGAAACACAUAGAGCAAACAGCAAAAUGCAGAAGAGAACCCUGCCGAGUAGGAUAACUUCUCAAACACUCCUCAGUGAGGAUGUUCUGGGUUAAGGAAGAGCCUUUUGCUGCCAGAUGUGCCAGAAAGGGGGUGGGGAGGGGUGAAAAACUGAAGAGCCAAGGAGAUAAAAUGUCUGUUAAGGUUUAAAAUAGAAAGUGAAGUUGAUGAACACGGGGUGUUGACUCGUACUGCUUGGAACAGCCUGACACCAGCCUAAGGACAGGGAUAUAGUUGAGCCCAUUGUAUCUAUCAUUGAAAACCAAAAUGUGCCAGUCAGCAUAGCAGGAGGAUGUCAAGGAGUGGAUCCAAAUAUUUUGUUGAUCUUCAUGGGUUGAUAAGCCUCUGUGUCUAUUGAAACAAACAAAAAGUUUAAAAAAAAAAAUUAAGUCUGGAAACAAGUAGAAUUUUUAUUUUUUUUCUAAGUAGAAAUGAGGUUUCUUGGUCUGUUUCUGACAAUCUGUUAUUUAUUAGCGUAGGGUUUUGUUUGCUUUCAGGUAGAGGUAGUUCAUUGAGUUCAAGAGCCCAUCUGUAUGUUACUACUAAUUCUUUUUUCUAGCUCUUUUAAAAUCCUUUUUACCACUGGUUUUGGUUUCUGCAUGUAGGAAGAGAGACUUGUAAAAUUGUAACAUUUCAUACAGAAAUGCCGCCCGAUCUUCACCAGCUUCAGAAAUCUGACCUUUGCCAAUGCUGCAAUAAAGUGUUGUAAUUUAGAGUCAGUGUCUGCCUCUUGACAUUCACUUUGAAAUGAUGUUUUGAAGGGUUUGUGGUAUAUUGUGGGCUGUAGUUUGGACAGGAAUUCCAGGUCUUUGAUUCUAGUCUUACGUGAUUUUUUUCAUACAGUUUUCUUUCCACGUGAAAUUCAUGGGUGUGUUCAUUAGUCACAUUUGUAACUCUGAGCUCCUCCAGGAACAUCUCCUACACUGGUAUGACCAUAUCCUUGGUUAAUUUCUACUUCCCAAACAACAGUGCCUACCAAUUCCUAAUAGCAAAUUAAGCAUUUAAUUGUGGUUCAGACUAGAGUCAGCUUCCUUUUCUCAACAUGUUGCUUAGUUUCAAAAGCAUUUAAUUUAUCCAGAUUGAGUAACUGCACAAAAAUAAAAUAUUAGCUCUGUUUUAUAUGUAUCAAUCCAAUGCCUUGAAUGGAAUUGGGAUCAAUGGAAAUGUCUUUAUAAAAUUAUUUACUAAAGAUAGUUUAGUGUCAGCUGGGGAUUUUCCUGACUUCAGACUGAAAUCAAAAAACACAGCAGUUUCACCACCUGACCCACGUGCAGGUUCUUGCUGCAGGGAUUGCAUGGCUCCCUCUCAUGUCUUCAGAAAACUUUGCCUUCCUUUAGAGGGUGUUUGAUUAAAAUUGUUGGGUGAGCAGCCUGGGAUUGAUACAGAGUGGGGAAUUUUGUUUUGCCUUGUUUUGGUCAGCGUUUGUCACCUAUGAAUAUUGCUGCUUUACCCAGAUUACCAGAUGUUUAUUUUAAUUAAUGAAACGAUGUUUAAUGUCAUCGCUUCUCUUUCCCUGCAGUGCAGUGACCCACAGGUGUAUGACCCACCUGGGGAAGUCAUCCCAAAUUCAUGCUGUGGCAGUGUUGGAUGUUCCCUGGGAGCCUUUCUCACGGGAUGCUGGUUGAAGAUGCCCUUGCAAAGAGCGUUUCUGCAGCAGUGCUCCCAACCCUGCAAGCAAGGAGUUAAGUCUGGAAAGGAUAUGUAGAUGAAGGAGAAACUGUCUCAUGGUUUUGAUUACGUAAAAGAUUUCUGUUAUCUUAUCAUGCUGUGGAAAGAAUUUGGGCGAAAGUCAGACCCUGGCAUUUGGAGUUGUCUUCACUGAUGUGAGGCUCCUUGGGCUGACGGACAAAGUGUGCUGUACAAAGGUUUGUACAAAGUGUACUUUGUGUGGGUUUGUACCCAA